AUGAACACGACUGGACAGAUUCGUCUCUUGCUCUGGAAAAACUGGACGCUGCGCAAGAGACAGAAGGUUCGAUUCCUGGUGGAGAUCCUCUGGCCCGUCUUCUUGUUUGUUGGACUUGUGUGGCUGAGACGAGCAAAUCCUCUUUACCAGCAGCAUGAAUGUCACUUCCCCAACAAGGCGAUGCCUUCAGCUGGAAUUUUGCCGUGGAUUCAGGGAAUUUUCUGCAACGUUAAUAAUCCGUGUUUCCGAUACGCAACUCCAGGAGAAUCUCCAGGAAUCGUGUCUAAUUACAACAACUCCAUACUGGCGCGGUUUUAUGGCGACGCUCAGGAGCUGUUGUUUGAGGACACCGAGUUUCAGCAGUUGGGUCGACUCUGGCAGGAAGCGUCUGAUUUCAGCAACUUUAUGGAAACACUGAGAACAGAUCCGGCUCGAGUUGCAGGCAGAGGACUGAAGGUCGAGGACAUUCUGAAGGACGAUGAGACUCUUACAUCGUUUUUACUGCGGGACGUCGGCCUCUCCGACUCAGUGGUCAAUCAGCUUACUAACGCACGGGUCCGAGUGGAACAGUUUGCUUUUGGAGUUCCUGAUCUGAGCCUGCAGGAAAUAGCGUGCAGUCAGGUUCUGCUGGAACGCUUCAUCAUUUUCCCGAGUCGGCGGGGGGUUCACGGGGUACGCAAUGCCAUGUGUGCCCUCACCCCACAGAGACUGCAAAAGGUCGAGGAUAAACUGUACGCCAACAUCGACUUCUUCAAGCUCUUCAGACUGUUGCCGAUGGUGUUGGAUAAUCACGCUACAGGAAUUGAUCUGCAGUUUUGGGGUCAGGUUCUCUCAUCUGUGUCCAAAAGCAUCCAGCAGUUGCUGAACAGACCGAGCUCCAGGUCUCUGCUGAAGGUUCUGCUCCCGCUGUUCCAGGACGGCGGCCCGUCGUCUCUCACUCAGCUGCUCUCCAUCCUGUCUGAUCUGUUCUGUGGUUACAAGGAAACGUCACGUGUUUUAUCCUUCAACUGGUACGAGGACAACAACUACAGAGCUUUUCUAGGACUCAACAACUCCAGGACACAUGACAGCUACACCUACGAUCAGUCCACCACUCCGUUCUGUAACAGUCUGAUGCAGAGUCUGGAGUCGAACCCUGUUACUAAGAUCAUGUGGAACUCAGUGAAACCGCUCAUCAUGGGAAAGAUCCUGUUCACCCCCGACUCUACUGCUGUACACAAGAUACUGAAAGGAGCUAACAGUACGUUUGAGGAGUUGGAGCGGUUGAUAACGAUGAUAAAAGCCUGGCAGGAAGUUGGUCCUCAGAUCUGGAACUUUUUUCAGGACAGUGUUCAGAUGAACAUGAUUCGGGACACGCUCAGAAACCCCACCGUGAUGGAUUUUUUGGAUCGGCGUCUGGCGGAGACAGAAUUCACCACCAAACACGUCCUGAACUUCCUCCAUGACGGCUGUUCCAGAGAGAGAUACGAGGACAUGCCGGACUUUGACUGGAGGAACAUCUUUAACCUCACUGACCAGAUUCUACACAUGAUCAUCCAGUACAGCCAGUGUGUUAAUCUGGAUAAGUUUGUGGGCCACAUGGAUGAGGAGCAGAUGAACCAUCAGGCGCUGUUUCUGCUGCAGGAGAACAAGUUCUGGGCGGGGCUGGUAUUUUUGGACGUGUAUCCCUGGACCUCGGAGGUGCCGCGCCACGUCAAAUAUAAGAUCCGCAUGGACAUCGACGCGGUGGAGCGCACCAACAAGAUCAAAGACAGGUACUGGGACCCUGGCCCGAGAGCCGACCCUGUGGAGGACCUGCGUUAUAUUUGGGGAGGAUUUGCGUACCUGCAGGACAUGAUCGAGCACGGCGUCCUCAAACUUCUCACCAACCCUCAGUCCCAGCUGGGAGUUUAUGUUCAGCAGAUGCCGUAUCCCUGCUACGUGGAUGAUGUGUUCAUGUUGACGUUGAACCGCUGUUUCCCGAUCUUCAUGGUGUUGGCCUGGGUCUACUCCGUCUCCAUGAUGGUGAAGAGCAUCGUGCUGGAGAAGGAGCUCAGGCUGAAGGAGACUCUGAAGGUCAUGGGCGUCUCGAGCGAGGUGAUCUGGUGCACCUGGUUCAUCGACAGCUUCAUUUUAAUGAUGUUCAGCACGGCGCUGCUCACCAUCAUCGUCAUGACUGGAACGGUGCUGAACUACAGCAAUCCCAUCAUCCUCUUCUUCUUCCUGUUGAGCUUCACUGUGGCCACCAUCAUGCAGUGUUUCCUGAUGAGCGUUUUCUUUAACAAAGCGAAUCUAGCAGCAGCCUGCAGUGGGAUCAUCUACUUCACCCUCUACCUGCCUCACAUCCUGUGUUUCGCCUGGCAGGAUCGCAUCACCCACAACAUCAAGCUCGCCGUGAGUCUGCUGUCCCCGGUGGCGUUUGGGUUUGGUACCGAGUAUUUAUCCCGAUAUGAGGAGCAGGGACUGGGACUGCAGUGGGAUAAUAUCAGCACCAGUCCACUAGAGGGCGAUGAGUUCUCCUUCCUGAACUCCAUCCUCAUGAUGAUGUUUGAUUCGGUUCUUUACGCCGUUCUCGCCUGGUACCUGGAUAAUAUUUUUCCAGGUCAGUACGGUAUCGGACGGCCAUUUUAUUUUCCUCUCCAGCUGUCCUACUGGCGGAGAGCACAGCGCCCCCAGUCAGAUGUGGCUGAUUCAGCUAAUGAUGAUCCUCAGAUGAAGAACCUCGAGAUGAAGAUGGAUGAUGUAAAAAGUGUCAUUCCUGAACCCUCAGCCCCGAACGGUACCAGUUCUGGUAAACAGUGUAAACACCAGGAGAAGAGAGAGAAGAUGAAGAUGAAGGAGGAAGAUCUGAAGCCUGAGGUGGAGGAGAACCACAGCGAACACGCUGGAAACAUGUUUUUGGAGGUCGAGCCUGAUGGGUUGGUGGUUGGUGUGUGUGUGAAGGACCUGGUGAAGGUUUAUCCUGGAAGUUCAGCACCAGCUGUGAACAACCUCAAUCUAAACUUCUAUGAGGGGCAGAUCACAUCAUUCCUGGGCCACAACGGAGCCGGAAAAACCACCACGCUGUCCAUCCUGACCGGCCUGUUCCCCCCAACAUCUGGAACAGCGUUCAUCAGCGGGAGGGACAUUCGUACACACUUGGAUGAGAUACGACACAGUCUGGGCACGUGCCCUCAGUACAACAUCCUGUUCAAGCACCUGACGGUGGAGGAGCACAUCCUCUUCUACUCACUGCUGAAGGGACGAGAGCGUGAGGAAGCUGAGCAGGAAGUGGAGAACAUGCUAAAGGAUCUCGGAUUAACGCAUAAAAGAGACGAUGAAGCACAGAAUCUCUCCGGUGGGAUGCAGAGGAAGCUGUCGGUUGCCAUGGCGUUUGUCGGAGGAUCUAAGGUGGUGAUUUUAGAUGAACCCACUUCAGGAGUCGACCCUUACUCCCGCAGAUCCAUCUGGGAUUUACUGCUGAAGAACCGCACAGGUCGUACAGUGAUUCUCUCCACACAUCACAUGGAUGAAGCUGAUCUCCUCAGUGAUCGAGUAGCCAUCAUCUCUAAAGGUCAGCUGCACUGCUGUGGAUCUCCUCUCUUCCUCAAAAACUGCUUUGGCGUGGGCUUCUACCUUACCCUCGUUCGCCGGAUUAAAGAUGUACACAAAAAAGAGAGCGAGUGUGAUUGUACGUCUCAGUGUUCCUGUAGCUGUUCCACCUGCACCAGAUAUAAGGAGGAGAGUCAGGAACAGAAGAUGGAGAGCAGAACUCUGGAUGGUAAGGUGGAGAACAUCACUAAUCUGAUCCACCACCACGUUCCUGAAGCGAAGCUGAUAGAGAUGAUUGGACAGGAGCUGACCUACCUGCUGCCUAAUAAAGGAUUUAAACAUCGUUCUUAUGCCAGUUUGUUCCGAGAGCUGGAGGAGACGCUGGGAGACAUGGGCCUGAGCAGCUUUGGGAUCUCAGAUACUUCACUGGAGGAGAUCUUCCUGAAGGUCACCGCAGACGGAGACGCUUCCAACGGGACCAACAACCCGGAGCAGUGGAUGCUGCAGCAGAGACGGAGCUACAGCAGCGUUCUGAAGGACAGAGGCAGUAAGAACACUGUGGCUCCUCCAGAAGGUUUUCAGGAGAACGGUGUAGGAACCCGAGAGGAACCGGACAGCAGAGCUGGGAGAGCAACCAGACAGAUCAAAGGUUUCAGUCUGAUACUGAAGCAGUUUCAUGCUUUACUGGUGAAGAGGUUCCACCACGCAACACGCAGCUAUAAAGACUUCCUCGCUCAGAUCGUUCUGCCGGCCAUGUUUGUGUUGGUGGCGCUGUUCUUCACCCUGGUGCUUCCUCCGUUUGGGGAGUACCCGAGUUUACCCCUCACACCCUGGCUGUACGGGCAGCAGUUCACCUUCAUAAGUAACGAGCGCCCGUCUCACCCCGGCAUGAAGCACUUCAUCCACAUGAUGCUGAGAGAGCCGGGGUUAGGGACCCGCUGCAUGCUUGAUCAGCCACUCCAGAGUUUAGCGUGUGGUAACAGCACGACGGACUGGGAGCUUCCACCCGUACCUCCAGUCACCGCUAACAUCCUACUGAGCCCUGAGUGGACGGAGAGAAACCCCUCCCCUUCCUGUCAGUGCAGCACCAAUCAGAAACUCACUAUGCUGCCAGUCUGUCCAAUAGGAGCGGGAGGAUUACCGCCGCGCCAGAGGACAGAAGCUACAGGAGAUAUUUUACUGGAUCUGACAGACAGAAAUAUUUCGGAUUAUUUAGUAAAGACGUAUCCCAGUCUCAUCAAAACCAGUCUGAAGAGUAAAUACUGGGUGAACGAACAGAGGUAUGGUGGACUGUCUGUGGGAGGGAAACUUCCCGUACUGGACGUGGAUCCUAAAGAUUUACAGAAGGUUCUGAAUCAGCUGAGCUACAUAAUGAACAUCACAGGGGGUCCCAACGCAAAAGCAGCCAUCAAAGAAUUAGGAGCGUUUUUACGUGACAUGGAAAGUGAAUAUAAUGUGAAGGUUUGGUUUAAUAAUAAAGGUUGGCACGCCAUGGUCGCUUUCAUGAAUGUAGCAAACAAUGCCAUCCUGAGAGCCAACCUACCCCACCAAUCCAACCCAUCUGAUUAUGGCAUCACUGUCAUCAAUCACCCACUCAACCUCACCAAAGAGCAGCUCUCAGACGUCACCGUCCUCACCACCUCGGUGGACGCGGUCGUUGCCAUCUGUGUGAUCUUUGCCAUGUCCUUCAUCCCGGCCAGUUUUGUCCUCUACCUCAUCCAGGAACGAGUGAGCAAAGCCAAACUCCUGCAGUUCGUUAGUGGCGUCAGUCCACUCGUUUACUGGAUCUCCAACUUCUUCUGGGACAUGAUGAAUUACUCCAUCAGCACGGCCAUGGUGGUCGGCAUCUUCAUGGCUUUUGAUAAAAAAUGUUACACGUCACCCACCAACCUGCCAGCACUCAUCGCUCUGCUCAGCUUAUACGGGUGGUCGGUGACCCCGAUGAUGUACCCCAUGUCGUACGUGUUCAGUGUUCCCAGCACCGCUUACGUCUCUCUGUCCUGCAUUAAUCUCUUCAUCGGGAUCAACAGCAGCGCCGUCACCUUCAUCCUGGAACUGUUCGAGAAUAACAGGUCUCUGCUGAUGUUUAAUGAAGGACUGAAGAAAGUGCUGCUGAUCUUCCCUCAUUUCUGUUUGGGACGAGGCCUGAUCGAUUUAGCCAUGAACCAGGCAGUGAGCGACGUCUACGCCCGAUUCGGGGAGGAGUACGUGAUGGAGCCCUUCAGGUGGGAUUUUGUAGGGAAGUACAUGGUGUUCAUGGCUGCUGAAGGAUUCAUCUACUUCCUCUUUAAUCUCCUGAUCCAGUACAGGUUCUUCCUGCAUCACUGGUUGUGUGAGAACACCCAGGUUCCUGUGCAGGAUGAAGAUGAUGACGUUGCUCAGGAGAGACAGAGAAUCUACAACCAAACUACAAACACUGACCUCGUCCACAUUCGAGACCUCACCAAGAGGUAUGUGGGCAGGAGGAGGCCGGCGGUGGAUAGAAUCUGUGUUGGAGUUCCUCCUGGAGAGUGUUUCGGGCUGCUUGGUGUGAACGGAGCUGGAAAAACAACGACUUUUAAAAUGCUAACUGGAGACACGGACCUGACCUCCGGCGAGGCCUUGGUAUCCGGUUACAGCGUCCUGACCAACAUCCUGGACGUGCAUCAGAACAUGGGCUACUGUCCUCAGUUUGAUGCCAUCGAUGAUCUGCUGACGGGGCAGGAGCAUCUUUACCUGUACGCUCGCCUCCGGGGGGUCCCCGAGUCCCAAAUCUCACGGGUGGCGCAGUGGUGCGUUGAGAAAAUCGGUCUGGUGGAGUACGCCUCUCGCUGUGCUGGAACCUACAGUGGGGGCAACAAAAGGAAACUCUCCACCGCCAUUGCCAUGAUCGGCUGCCCCCCGGUGCUCUUGCUGGAUGAACCAACCACCGGUAUGGAUCCUCACGCUCGCCGCCUCCUGUGGAAUGUUAUCAUGAGCGUGAUCCGCGACGGCAGAGCUGUGGUGUUAACGUCUCACAGUAUGGAGGAGUGUGAAGCGUUGUGUACUCGGUUGGCGAUCAUGGUGAACGGAACCUUUAAAUGUCUCGGCACCAUCCAGCACCUCAAAUACAAGUUUGGUGAUGGUUACGUGGUGACGAUGAAGAUCAGAGCAGAUAAACCUGGUUCCUCUCCUGAUCUGAGACCUGUGGAGGUUUUUAUAGAGAAGAACUUUCCCUCCUGUAUCCAGUGUGAGAAGCAUCACAGCUCCCUGCAGUACCAGAUCAGCUCGUCCUCCCUCGCCCGGGUCUUCCAGCUCCUCACCGCCAACAAGGACAAACUCAACAUCCAGGAUUACUCCGUGUCUCAGACCACGCUGGAUCAGGUCUUUGUGAAUUUUGCGAAGCAGCAGUCCGGUGAGGAUGAUGAUGAUGAUGAUGUGGUUCUUCAUCCCAGAGCAGCUGGAGCUCGACGUGAAGUUAAAAUUUCACCCACAAAAACGUCAAAAACCAAAUAAAAUCACAACAGAAAACAA